AUGGGAAACUUUGACACAGUGGCUGUUGGUGGGACCUUUGAUCAUCUUCACGAAGGUCACAAGAUUCUUCUCUCGCAGUCGUUGUUUCUCGCGCGCAAAACCUUGAUUGUAGGGGUUACUGGUCCAAAGCUCCUCGUGAAUAAGAAAUACGCGGAAGAGCUAGAAUCGUACGAAGAUCGUGUGCGAAUUAUCCGCGAGUUUGUAGCCCGACUCCUCCCCAAGAGUGGUGACCGGAUAGAGGCUUUAAGCGUGGACAUCUACAUGAUCGAGGAUAUCUGCGGGCCCACCGGCUAUCUCGAGGAUAUUGACGCGUUGGUGAUCAGUGCCGAGACCAGAGCAGGAGGCAAGUUUGUUAAUGACUUCAGACUGAAGAAGGGCAUGCAUUCGUUAUCGAUUGUGGAAAUCGGGGUCAUCACGCCAGGUGGGACCCAGAACGAGGAUUUCUCCACCAAGCUCAGUAGUACAGCAAUCAGACAGAGGAUUCAUCUCAAAAGGAAGGAGAAGAAAUAG